AUGCCUUGCUCCCGCCGGUGGUGGCGGUUGGGUUCUCUGCGGCCACCGGUGGAAACACUGAGCUGCAUCAGAUACACUCUUGGUCAUUCAACUCAACUAUGGCACCGAGAGCCAGAGUAUAUACACAUGUAUACAUGGAAUUUCGGGUACUUAUCACCUACAGAAACACAUACAGAAACACCUACGGAAACACCUACAUGGGCUAACAAUGUCCAACCAGAGCAAGGCCAAGUGCACGCUACCAAAGGUCGUGACAAUUCAUUGAUCAUCGGAGGAGCCGUCGUUGUUGCGUUGGCCCUGGUGGUGAUAAUUUGGUCAAUCCUAUCAUGGUGUAGGUGGACACGCACGCGCGAUUCCUUUGGGACCGGAACUCGUCUUAAACGAUUCGAGUACCGCGAAGUGUCCACCGCCACCGACGGAUUCUCCGACAAGAAGAAGAUCGGAGCCGGUGGCUUUGGCGUGGUAUACAGUGGGAGCCUCAAGGCCGACCAACCGGUGGCCGUGAAGAAGAUCCUCAAGGACUCGAGGGGAGAAUUCAAGGACUUCCUCGCAGAGCUGGACGCCGUCGGCCGAACGGGCCACGGUAACGUGGUCAGGCUCGAAGGCUGGUGCUGCAGCAUAAACAAUUUCAUGUUUUGGUGCUUGCACAGACAGAACGUCAAGCUCUUCCUCGUCUAUGAACUUGUGCCUAAUGGCAACCUCCACGAGCACCUGCACGAAAGGCCUGAAGUACUGUCAUGGGCAAGGAGGUACAAAAUAGUAAAGGGCAUAGGGUCCGCUCUUCAUUACCUCCACCACCUAUGCAAGCCAUGCAUCUUGCACAGAGAUAUCAAACCAAGCCACAUACUCCUGGACCAUGAUUUCAAUGCCAAGCUUGGCGACUUUGGGCUGUCGAGGGUCGCCCAAUACGACGACGACACAUCACUGAUUACGGCAGUGGCCGUUGGGACCGCGGACUACAUGGAUCCACUGUGCAAGAAACAUGGACAGGUCAAGCUGCGCCCUAGCUCCGACGUCUACAGCUUUGGGAUCGUCCUGCUAGAGAUAUUGCAUGGAGAAAAUAACCCGGACCUUCUCCGGAAGCUCCAUAGAGAUCAGCCAGAAACAUUUGUGAGUGAUGCUGCCGACAAGAAGCUGGAUGGCCAGUUUGACAAGAUAGAGAUGGAGCGCGUGAUUGUCCUCGCCCUCCAGUGUUGUGACCUAUAUGAGAGCCAACGGCCUUCAAUGGCUGCUGCAAUGCUAUUCCUGGAGAACGGCGGAGAGUUGCCCCCUGCUACACCCGAUCGAUCAACGCCACCAUAG